AAGCUCAUUUACAGAAUUUUUGACCGACAAGCCGGGCUUGAUAAUAUUUGCCUACCGGCCUCACCCUCACUCUCACCCACGAGAGAUUAUUUUGUGCGGAUGCCAAACACAAUUCACCGUUCGGAGACUAUUCAGAAUGCACCACAUCAACAGUAUGGAGCUGGGAUCGAAUAGUACCGAGCUACCAUAUUGAGAAGAGGAUGAUAUGACGCGUUUGAUUGAUCUCCUAUCUCCUAAUAAGAUUUGGCAUCCGCAAAGGAUAAUUUCAGCUUACCCUCACCGUCACCCAUUCUCUCUCCUGCUUUGAUAAUUAUUCCACUGCCUACAUGAAAAGCAAAAGAAAAAAUCUCACAGUAUUAUAAAUGCUAAAGAGUUUAAAAUGGGAAAUGGAGAAUUAGGGACCUUUUUAAUUUCCAGAAUGAUCGAAUUGACUCCAAAGUCAUGUAGGGAAGUUUCGCAUUGUGCUCACCAAGCAGCUGUUGCAGUGAAGUUUCACUUUCUCUGACCUUUAUGUAGUUAAAGAUAGAAUACCAUAAAAUUCUAAUCUACCCCCAGUCAUUUCCCAGUCCUCUCUGGUUCCUCCGCCAUUUACUCCCUGUCUUCAUCUUUCUCUCCAACUAAGGUCUCUUCUUUUCUUUCCUUACAGUAGUGCUGCUGUGAAGCUGCUAAGCUAGUCUCUCCAUGUGUGUCAACGUUCAGUUCCAGUUCGAUCCACUCAAAUUUCUCACCGACGUAUGGUCAGGCCUGUCACGGCAAAUGGGAUAUCUCCGGGAUCCCGGACCCAGAAUUACUGAGCUCACCGAAGUCAAUAUCCGUCUCCAAGCCAAGCGCGAGGACAUCAAUGACAAAAUCCGCUCCGCCGAGCGGCGUGGCGAAACGCCGAAUCAUGAUGUCCAAGAUUGGUUAAGAAAGGUCGCGUCCAUUAACGAAAAGGUCUCCAAAAUCCAAACUGACCAUGAAAAUAGCACCUUUUGUUGGUGCAUCAACCGCCGUGCGGUGAAAAGCCUCGCUAAAGUUUGCGCGUUGGUUAAUGACUCCAAAUUUGGCAACGUUGCUACCAGGUUACCACCAAACGGAGUGCAAGAAGUCCCCGCCGAACUGCCGCCGGCCAAUCCUACAAUGCUCUCCUACCUCUCCCAACUCCAUGAUUUUCUCAAUGACGACGAAUCCCGAAUCUUCGGCAUCUGGGGCAUGGGCGGCGUGGGAAAGACCACUCUUUUGCGCAGCCUCAACAAGGAGUUGCUCUGUUCAUCAGAAGCAAGGAACGCACUGCCGAUGUUCGACCACGUUAUCUGGGCCGUGGCAUCCAAGGACUACAAGCUUGAGAAGCUCCAGCGCGAAAUCUCAAACUGGCUUCAUCUACCGCCAUGCGAAGAUAUAAACCAGCAGGCAAUCGAGAUUUGGCACUUCUUGGAAAACAAAAGCUUUCUUUUACUCCUCGAUGACCUCUGGCAACCGGUAGAGUUAGCAGAUUUAGGUAUCCGCCAGCUUACCCAAAACGAAACUAAGAAGCAGAAGGUGGUGUUCACCACACGGCUCGAAGGUGUUUGUGGGCAGAUGCAAGCUUGGCGCAUGAUGACGGUUGAGUGUCUAAACGAAGAAAAAGCAUGGCGGUUUUUUCAGGACAAAGUCGGCGAGCAGACUCUCCAAGCGCACGCCAUGAUUCCACAGCUUGCACAAGUAGUGGCUAAACAGUGCGACGGGCUUCCACUCGCUCUUGUGCUCAUCGGCUCCGCGAUGAGCACGAAGAAAACACCAAUGGAGUGGCGGGACGCCAUUACCCUGCUUAAGAAGUCUCAACCGUUUGAAAUCCAAGGCAUAGGUGACAAUAUUCUUUCCAAGCUAAAGUUCAGCUACGACAAUUUGACUGAUAAAAUUCUCCGCGAGUGCUUCCUGCUCUGUUCUCUGUGGCCGGAAAAUCACUCAAUUUCUAAAACCGAACUCAUCGAAUGCUGGAUGGGGCAUGGGUUGGUCGACGAAAAAGAGUUCGACAACAUCAACGAAGCUUAUGAUAGUGGCCACGCGCUAAUCGGUGGGUUGCAAGCUGCGUGCCUCCUUGAACCAGGGUAUAACAAAGAUAGAGAGGUGAAGAUGCAUGACGUGGUAAGAGAUCUCGCUCUCUGGAUUGCGUCAGAUUGUGGUAAGAGACAAAAAAGAUUCAUCUUUCUUUCUAGCCUAACGGCUUCCGAGGAUUGGCAGAUCAGAGAGGCGGAAAAGAUGUCGCUUGUUAGAAGCAAUGUCAGCGACACAUCUGGCCUUCCGUCCAAUUGUUUCAAGCUGGAAACUUUGAUGGUACAGGGAAGCAUCUCCUUUAACUCAAUUGUGACUGGAUUCUUUCAUGGUACUCCUGCUUUGACUUAUCUCGAUCUCUCCUACACCGCAAUCUACGACCUGCCGCAGGAAAUUGGCCUGCUUGGUAAUCUUCGAUACCUCAAUAUCUCCCACACAAACAUUUCAUCGCUUCCAGUGCAGCUCAGUAAUCUCCGCGAGCUCAGAUUCCUGCUCUUAAGGGAUCUGGAAUGUAUCUUCAUACCUAGCGGUUUGCUGGAGAUGCUUGUAAUGUUGUCCGUGAUCGACAUGACUAAUACUUGGUGCGAUAACUGGAAAGAGCUCUCUGUAGAGUUUGUAUUUUCGGUGAGAGGAAGAUCACCGGACUCAGAGAAGAUGAACUCACAACAGGACAAAGACAGAAAGGAUUUAUUUCAUUGGUUAACAAAAGCCAGAGUACGAGGACCUAUUAAUAGAUAGAGAGUACACGUGUGUGCUUACAAUUGGUUAUCAAGAAUAUUAUUUAUAUAUCAUUAGAACUAAGCUAAGUUAAUUAGGUGCUAACAUCCACCGCAAACUGUCGUUUCCUCUCUGAUCGACAGUUUGAAGCGUAGCUGUUUGAACCGCA